CUAAUUAUCGGCAUCGUCGCCCCUAUCUUGUUGAUCCAUGUCUACUUCAUCAUGCCAUGGACUCUAUUUCGGCCCAUUUUGCGUCGAUACCGGCAACGGCGCAGCCGUAAGCGUCGUAGAUCUGCUGGCAGUCGGCCUCGUUCUCAUCAGUCAGGAAGUCAAUUCGCCGCACUUACCACUGGUCAUCGAGACCCUAAAAACCCUGACAAGGCGUCAAAGGCUUCAAUCCAAAUCUCACACGAUGCGGAAAAUGCUGACCGGAGUUCAUUAAAUAGUGAAGAUGAGCAAACUGAAACAGAUGAAGAUGAUAAAAAUACAAAUAUAGAUCUAAGUAUUUUUACUGUAGACUAUAUUCGUAAAUUGGACUGGGAUGCUGUGGCUCGACGUAACAACAACUCAGAGUCGUGCACUCUGGAGGCUGACAUGACUACACCAGACAAGCAGGGAAAUAGCUCCAUGGCCGAUGGGAAUAUUUUGGUCACUCAAUAA